UAAAUGUAUUUUCAAAGCUGUAACAGAAAUACUUUUAGGAUUUCUGUCACAGGCCUACACUUGGUUACAACUCAGCUUAUUUUACAAAUUUGUUUUUGUUUUUCUUCAGUUGACAUGUGACCAAAUCUGCACUUAAAAGCUGUAUUCUGAAAUUACAGUUAAGUUUUUGAUGCAUAAUUGCAAUGGACGCCAUCAGAUAUGAAAACUGCUAUGCACCCAGUGAGGUUUCCAAACAGACGGUUCUUUCAGACUGGAGAAAUGUUGAGUGGACCAACAAAAUGAAAGUCUAUCUGGAUUCUGACCAAGCUGUUACUGCCAAGGAUCUGCUCAGCAUGUUCUCACCUUUUGGAUGUGUCAUCUCUGUUCAGACGAUUGUGAAAAACAAUCACAGAUACGGGAUGGUGCAUUACCGCAGUGCCGAUGAAGCUGCCGUGGCUUUGAGGGAAAUGAAGAGCAGCACCAAAGUCUUCUUUGUAGCUCAAGUAGGCAUCAGGGAGGUCAGAGAGGGCCCCAAGGAUAAAAGAUCCAAACGUCCCCAUCGAGCACCACCAGGCAGCUGUAGUUACCGCCCACUGCACAGACGUCCCACUCUGUGGGAACCACUGUUUCCAGCUUACAGACAGACUGUGUCUAUUGAAAUUGAUAACCUCCCACGAUCUUGGUAUGAAACAGACCUGCUGCUCAGCCUCCUCCCUCCGACCACCAUUGAUGUAAAGAUAUUUAAGAGAAAAGCCUGUGUGGUCUUGCCGGACUUCUCCAGUGCCUUGAGCCUCAGGGAUUUGUUAAACAGUGCCCUUCACCACCUCCGCUUUAUCUUUUCACCUCGCGGAAGACGGAGGUGCCCCACAGUGAAGAUAUCAGCAGCCGGCACCGUGCUCUGCUCUCGGUGACCUGUGACCUCUGCAUGCUGUUACACAUACAGAUCAACACAAAAGCAGCAAGAACCCAACUUCAGUAUAAUAAUAAACGUAAAUGCUGCUGUA